CCGGUAACCCAGACUGUCCCUCUUUAGUCGACAUCAAAGAUGGCGGAGUCGACUGAGAAAACCAGUGAGGUUUUAAUGCGACAUAAUAUAGGAGAAAUCCAUGAAUUUUCAUCGGAUGAAGACGCUUACAGGUUCAUAUCUGAUCAGGAAUCCAGGACCUGCAUGAAAUACAAAACCCAGAAAGCUACAAGCGUACAUGAUAAGACCUCUGGAUGUGAUAUAUGCUGGGAGGACCUAGACAAUGCCAGUGGAUUUGGGUUUGUCCUAGCAUCUGACAGUAUCCCUUUUAUCAUUGUGGGGAAUGAAGAAAUGACCUGUAUACAAGACACUCCAAGGGAAAGUCGUAAGCGUAAAUUGAAUGAAGAUGAUCAUGACUAUGGAAUAUUGAGGAAUUGUCCAGCACAAGUGAAAAUAUGCAAAGUUAUCAAAUUCCCUCAAUUCAAGAGCGAAGGUAAAGACAUGAUGGGCAGGGCCCGGAGGACAGUUCUGUCAGAGAAGCUGAAGAAAAGUUUUAAAAACAAGUCCACUAUAAAGGAGUACAAAGUUUAUGUAAGAAUGCCGGAGGAAGAGGAUCAUAAUCAUGCACCUUCACUUCCAACAGGGAAAGUCAUCAAGAUUCCACUGAACGAGCUACUGCAGUCCCUGCCUGAGAAAUUGAUAGGUAGUAGGAUAAAAGAGGAGCCAAUGGAUAAGGUGGAGGAGGAGCACUGUCGAGUAGAGAUCCAGAUUGCAGAUGGGGAAAUGGAUAUGUCGUCCCCAACUAGUUUACCAACAGGUCUGGAAUUGGAACCCCCCUCACCAAGGAAUAUAGCAGCUAGUGCUCUGGCAUCAAUGAAUACUUUGUCACCAGACCUGAUGUCUUCUCCAACCAAAUCAGUGUCCCAAACAGCUCCCACACCUGCAAAAUUGGUUUGGUUAGAGACACCAGGCCAGACUCCGGGGUAUGUGUUGAUAAACACACCAGGAGAGAAAGUCCAACAGACACUGUCAAAUUCCGCAUCACCUAGGCAGCAAGCCCAGUCACUCCAGACUCCAAAAUUAAAUAUUCAACAAAAGUACAAGAAAUCUGUACAUGUUUCACCGGAAAGGCCGAUGAAGGAAGUGCCAUGGAGAGGUAUAGCAGGAAGCGUUGCUGUGUCAGAUACUUGUUUCUACACCGACGAUAGAAGUGUUAUGGAAGAAUGUAUCACAAAGUAUGAAGAGGACACGUUCAGUAUAUUUCGGUGCAAUAAAACUACGAGGAUUACUGAUUUAGGAUUAACAGAGGUUAAGUGUUUGGACAAUCAUCGGGUAAGAUGGGCUCCUCUCACGGACCAUUGGAAGCCAGCUGACUUUGUGGCGGACAAUGUACCUUACUUGAUACUAGGGAGGGAAACUCGAAUGUGUCGCUUCAACCGCAACCCUAAAAUAAGUAAAGUAAAGAAGAAAUCCUGGUGUGCAUUGUGUAACAAAACAUCAGAGGAACAGAAGGAUUGCACAGAAGAAUGUACAUGUAGACUUCGCAAAUCCUCAACUGCUGGCAUGAAACAGCCAUGUCCUGCUUUGAUAUCCAUACACAGCAUCAUCAGAUUUACAGACUUCAGGGCUAGUACUAAAAAGAAAAGGGUAGAGAUGUCCAAAAACCUGAGGUGUGGUUUGGAGUUAGUGGAAAAGCUGAAGAUGAGAAUUCGCCAAGAAAAACGCAUAUAUGUGACUUUGCCCAGUAUUGAAGUUCAUCAAAACCAUCGUAUCUUCCAUUGUCCGAAGUUUGAAACCCCGUGUUGUCCGUGCUACAGGACAGGUACAUGUGGGACAUGUCCGUGUAAAUCAAGUGGCUGCUCAAACUGCAACAACAAUGCAUGUCGCUUCAGGGACCUACAGGGAAUGUUUUUGCCAUUGAGACAAAGCAGGAAAAAGAAAGGAACGAAGUUGAAGAAAACAACUCCAUAUGCUAUCAAAAGUAUUCGUAACGUUAGGAUUAACGCAGAUGAAUUUUCUAUGAAUGAACAACUUGACAGAGAAGCAGAAUUGGAAACUUAUCAAGAACAUUCUGUUGUUCUGAAAAUUCAGCAAGAAAUAUUGGGGAUGACACUUGAACAAACACGACAAGCACUGAUACAGAUGCUGGAAGAUGACCCCUUCCAUGUGGAGUCCUAUGUAAAACCUGACCACGCCCCCUACCACCGGGUCCAGAUAGACACGCCCCCUAAAUGGUGCACCUGUACUCAGUGUGUGGAGAUGGACAAUAGCCUGAUGCGGAUGUGUUGUGGCCAGACUCCCUGUCUCACUUUUCACCCGACGUUCCGCAGUGUGUGCCUCAGGCCAGACCAUCUCCUCAUGGGCCUUCUAGACAUUGGGUUACCAACCGAAAACUUUACAGAGCUUGGUAAUAUCUCCAAUGCCCAGUACAGACGCCAAGCCUAUCGCUGCUUUAUCCUAUGGCAGUGGAAUAACCUUGGGAAAGGUGACAUAGAAGUACCGAAACCCCCCAGCUGUGUGGUGGCUAGAAUAAGGUGGCGCUACCCUUCCAUAGAUAACCAUCUUAGUGAUGCAUUCUCUCCCGAAAGUGACUUUGAAGAAGGCAACAAGUGAAUUAUUGAGUAUUGCUGUCUCUAGAUAUUUCAGUGGUACUGUGACAUCUUGUCUUCUUGUGUGAUUUAGACUGCUACAGUUCAGACAUGCAUUAAAUGUUUUUGUCCUGGUACAUGUCAGUUUAAAAUUGAAAACUUGUGUGGUAUUGUACAAAGAUCAAGAUUACAGUUGAUAUAGAAGUAACUACAAGGGUGAAAUCACUGUUGUAAAUGGUUGCUUAUUGUGUUGAGUAUAGAAUUGUAGAUCUUUGUUGAUUUUGUUUUGGACAAUAGUUUUUUGUGGUGUCUACUGACUAAAGAAUAGUUUUUUGUGGUGUCUACCGACCAAAAGAAUCUGAUUUAUUAUAUACGAUCCUCUGACCAAAUGUCAUUUUAAGCAGGUGGAUUUUGUUCAAAUAUCUUAUCAAUUAAUUAUAAUUUAUUAGACCCAAUCCUCCAAAAGUAAGUGCCAAAAAAAACCAAAAAAAAAUGAGAUAUAAAUUUUGAAGAUAACAAUUACCUUGUGUGCAAGAAUGUUAAUGUUGAAAUAGGAUAAAUUAUUGUACCGAUGAUGGUACUCUUGUACCGUAAACAUUUAUACAUGUGAUUUGUAACAUGUCGCAUGCAUAUUGGGUGAUUUGAUAUGAACUGUUCCUGAACAUAACAUAAUAUCUUUAAAUUUAGUUUGAUGUUAAAUCAUAUAUAUGUUGCAGUGUGGUUGUGUGAUGUUGUGUUCAAACCUGCUGUAGUACUACACAUGUUUACAUGUUCAUUAAAAUUAUAAGCCACCUGUUGUUGAUGGUGCACUAGUCUAAUCACUCUAUGCCCCUUGAUCCCUAGUUGUGCCCAUUCAACCUUGAUUGUAAUUGGUGAAACAAAAUGGCCGAAAGAUGGUCAAUUUCCAUUUUGACAAUGGAAGUUAUUUAUCACUGUUUCUUGAAAAGCAAAGGAAGGAUAUUUCUCAGACUUUACGUGUAGGUUCCCGUUUGUCCCUAGUUGUGCCCAUUAAGUUUUGAUUCUGAUAAGAAAAACUAACGAAUAGCCAUCAUGGAUUUUGACAAUGUUUGUUAUCACUAUUUUUGAAAAAUACUGGAAGGAUAUUUCUCAAGCUUCACAGGUAGGUUUUCCUUGCUCGCUAGUUGUAACAAUUCAAUUUUUUGAAUCCGAUAAGGAAAACAAAAUGGCCGACAGGUAGCCAUCUUGAAUUUUGAUGGUGUGAGUUUGUUAUUUGUGUUUCUUUUCUGAGAUCUUUAUAAGAUUUUAUCUAUAUGAAGGUUGUCCUGGUUGUUGGAUAAUUAAGAAGAAAAGAGGGAAAAGUAGGGAACGAAUCAUUCUUACAUAGAUCCAAUGAAGAUCAUUCAACGGUGAGUGCCAAGAUCACUGUGAUCUCUUGAUUUGAACAUUUUCAGACUGCAUGAGUUACAAUGCAAGUGAAUUAUUUUGUUUAAGUUUGGAAAUACAAUUGUUUUUAAGGUUUA